AUGGACGAAGAGAAGUAUCUGUAUGUGCCCGUCGGGUUAUUGUUCGUAACGUUGGGUGAAAAUCAUGAACAAGUUUCGUUCGCGUAUCCUUUCGCCUACGACAGUAAACCAUCAGUCGCUAGUACAGGUUUAUCUUAUAUUAUAUUUGUAGUUAUUAGUAUUUUUAUUGUUUAG